AUGGGUGGCGGUAACGGACAGAAAUCGGCGGCCAAGCGCGAUCGCAACAAUGCCAAGAAAAUGAAGGAGGCGAAACACAAGAACCACGCCGAGUCCAAGGCCAAGAUGGAGGCGGACCGUACUGGGCUCAAGUGCAAGAUCUGCAUGACCACGUUCCUCAUCACUGCCAGCGUACGUCACCUCGACCAGCGACAGUAUCGGGUAGUCUUCGUGAACUCGCACCUAACGUAA